CCUUGAUCCGAUUUCACCAAUUCUACGCACUCGGCACCGAUCCUCACUCAGCUACAUCGACACAAAUCAUGGCACCAAAAAACGCAAAAGGCAAGAAGGGCAAGAAGAACAACGACGAUGAUUACUGGGAGAAGGCCGGUGAAUCCGUGCCAACUAAUGACAUUGUCAACCUCACUUUCAAAGACGACGAUGGUGAAGUCAAGAGCGCUAGCGCUGGAUUUUCUGCGCUUGCAGUCGACAAUGGCGUGGAUGAGGAAGAAGAUUUCGGCGGGCUGAUGAGCGCUAUUAAGGCUAGCAAUGGAAAGAAUAAGAAGGACAAGAGGAAGACUAAACAACAACCGGUAGAUCUUGACGAUUUAGAGGAGAAUGAAGAGAAAGAGGUGAAGAAACAGCCCGUUGAAAUGACGGCGGAAGAACUGGCCGAUGAAGAGUGGGGUCCUAUCAAGGACAAAGGGAAAGGUAAGAAGGGAAAGAAAGGCAAGGCUGCCAAGAGGAACCCCCCCGAGGAUGAGGAUUCAGAGGCCCAGACAAAAGAGGAGGCUCAGUCGACGACUGUUGAACCAUCACAAAUACCACCUACCUCUGCCGCUGACGUCGAUGAAAAUGAUGAAGAGGGUGGUGGCGUCAAAAUUCUUUCCAAAAAAGAAAAAGAAAAACUGAAGAAGGAACGCGAAAAGGCAAAAAAAAAGGCUCAGGCUGCUGCCAAGAAGGAAGCUGCCGCUCCAAGUGCACCUACACCGACGUCCCUCGCUGAACCGGCUCCCCACACUCCUGCGGGUGACGAUGAAGGCGAUGGUGAUGAAGGUGCUGCUACCGGCGCGGCAUCGAAGAAGAAAAAGAAAAAGAAAGCCGCCAAAAAGGACGAUGAGCCCGUCCCAUCCCCAGCCCCGACAAAGAAGAAAGCCGGUGGCAUUAGUGCACUGAAAGCCAUGAUGGAGGAAAAGAAGAGGUUAGAGGAAGAAGCAAGGAAGGCGGUGGAAGCUGAAAGAUUGAGGAUCGAGGAGGAGGAACGCAAGGCGGCGGAAGAAGAGAAACGGAGGGAGGAGGAAAAAAAGAGACGGAAGGAGAAGGAGAAGGCGAAGAGGGAGUUAGCCAAGAAGGAGGGUAGACUGCUCACGAAGAAACAGAAGGAGGAGCGAACGAUGGCAGAAAUACGAAAAAAAGCACUGAUUGCCUCUGGUGCUCAGAUUGAGGGCUUGCAGCAGCAGCAACAGGCUGGCGGUCCUCAGAAGAAGGUUGUCUAUGGAAAUAGAAGGAAGAUCGUCAAGAAAGAGGUAACGGAGUCAAGACCUCGGACGCCUGAGCCUGAGCCGCCCAAGGAUCAGGUAAAGGAAGAAGUCAACGGGAAGAGCGCUGCGAAGGAGGAUUGGGAUGAUAGCAGUGAAGAGAAGAACGAGGAUGUCAAGAAAGCCGACGGAGUCAAGGACGAUUGGGAUGCGUCGAGUGAUGAAGAGGCAGAAAAACCUCCAGCUGCGUCAGUUGAGCAAAAGAAAGUGCAACCAUCAUCAAGCCCAAAAGUGCCUGCCCAAGCUCCCGCAAAGCCGAAAGCUGUCGAACCAGCGUCAUCAACAUCUCAACCUGCCCCUUCCACUGCCACGAAAUCAAAAGCCGCACCUGCUGAGGAAUCUGAGGAGUCAGAAGAAGAAAGUGACUCUGAAGACGGCUCUGACUCUGACUCUGAUUCCGACUCUGAUUCUGAAGAAGAGUCGUCAUCUGAUGAUGAACUUACUAAUGCUCAGAGGAUGGCUGCUCAGAAGAAAGCAGAAGCAGCUGAACGACGAGCGAAAGCCCACGAAGCUGCACUGGCCGCCCGCAGUAAAGACGAUCUACGAAGUCCGAUCUGCUGUAUUCUGGGACAUGUCGAUACUGGGAAGACUAAGCUACUUGACAAAAUUAGACAGACUAACGUUCAAGAGGGCGAAGCUGGAGGAAUCACCCAACAAAUUGGUGCAACAUAUUUCCCAGUUGAGGCUAUCAAGACCAAGACAGCGGUUAUGAACAAAGAUGGAGCCCAAGAAUACAAGAUUCCAGGUCUUCUGAUUAUAGAUACGCCAGGACACGAAUCUUUUACAAAUUUGCGAUCUCGUGGUAGUUCUCUGUGCAAUAUCGCUAUAUUGGUCGUAGAUAUAAUGCACGGCCUCGAGGCUCAAACCCUUGAAUCGUUACGUCUACUAAGGGAUCGUAAAACACCUUUCAUUGUUGCGCUGAACAAGAUCGAUCGUAUGUACGGCUGGGACGCCACCCCCGACGGCGCUUUCCGUGAGUCCCUAGCAAAGCAGACCCGUGCUGUCCAGCGAGAGUUCGAGGACAGGGUGGCCAAGACAAUCGUGGCUUUUGCUGAGGAGGGCCUGAAUGCGGUGCUAUACUACGAUAACAAGAACUUUGCCCGGAAUGUCUCGCUCGUUCCGACGUCUGCGAUAACUGGGGAGGGUGUACCGGAUAUGAUCAUGCUUCUGGUGAACCUGACCCAGCAGAGGAUGAGUGAUCGCUUGAUGUAUCUAAGCGAGUUGGAGUGUACGGUGUUGGAAGUGAAAGUUAUUGAAGGUUUGGGUACGACGAUUGAUGUGGUGUUGUCGAACGGCAUCUUAAGGGAAGGAGACAAGAUCGUGGUUUGUGGAUUGAACGGGCCUAUAGUUACACAAGUGCGAGCCCUGUUGACUCCUCAACCUUUGAGAGAACUUCGGAUCAAGUCUGCCUAUGUGCAUCACAAAGAAGUCAAGGCGGCCUUGGGAGUAAAGAUCACCGCGCCAGAUUUGGAGAAGGCCAUCGCUGGUUCUCGACUGCUUGUGUGUGGGCCAGACGACGAUGAAGAUGACCUUCGAGACGAGGUCAUGUCUGAUUUGACAUCAUUGUUGAACAGCAUAGACAAGUCCGGUCGUGGCGUCUGCGUUCAAUCAUCGACACUUGGUUCAUUGGAAGCCCUUUUAGAUUUCCUCAAGGUCAGCAAGAUCCCGGUGUCUGGAAUUAACAUCGGACCUGUCCACAAGAAAGACAUCAUGCGGGCAGCCACAAUGUUGGAGAGAGCUCGGGAGCUCGCAUGUAUCCUCUGUUUUGAUGUCCCGGUCGACAAAGAUGCUGAGCGAAUGGCGGAAGAGAUGGGUAUUCGCCUUUUCAAAGCCGAUAUCAUAUACCACCUGUUCGACAAAUUUACGGCGUACAAUGCCGAAAUUCUGGAGGCCAAACGACGGGAUGCUGCGCCUCAGGCUGUUUGGCCCUGUAGACUCAAAAUUAUUGCGGCGUUUUGUAAACGAGACCCCAUUAUUUUGGGAGUUGAUAUUCUAGAUGGCACCCUCCGGGUAGGAACACCGCUGGCUGUGGUUAAAAUCGAUCCCGCAACGGGUAAGAAGGAGAUAAUUGAUCUGGGCAAAAUAACGUCGCUGGAAAUAAAUCACAAGUCACAAGAGAUUGUCAAGAAAUCCCAAGCAGGCGGAGGGGUCGCAGUGAAGAUUGAGCACGCGGUGUACCAGUCGGCAAAGAUGUUUGGCCGACAUUUCGAUGAGAAGGAUGAACUGCUCAGUCAUAUCUCUCGGCAGAGUAUUGACGUACUCAAGUCCUCCUUCAAGGCCGAUGUUUCGAACGAGGAAUGGCUGCUCAUCAAGGCACUAAAACCUAUAUUGAGUAUGUCGACGCAUUCCAAGGCAUCUAUUGAGGAUACGCCUCUGGCUGAAGUGCCAGUCGAUCAGGACCAGCUGCAAUUGCAAAACCUGGGCUACAAACAGCAACUCCAUCGAAGCUGGAAUCUCAUCGAAAGCUUCGCCGCGAGUUUUUGUGCAUUGAACUUUAUCGGCGGAGUCAGGUCAGGUCUUUUCCUGGGGCUUCUCGCCGGCGGUCCUGCCGCAGUAUGGUCUUCGUAUGUUAUUACAAUCGUCUUCAUGCUUAUCACGGCGGCGGUCCUGGCUGAGAUCUGUUCUGCAUUGCCCCUCAGUGGAUCCAUCUACAUUUGGGCUGCAGAAAGUGCCGGGCCGAAGUAUGCCAGGUUUUUCGGGUUCAUCGUCGCCUGGUGGGCGUGCACGGCUUGGAUGACCUUUGCUGCUGGGAAUUGUCAGACCACGGCGAACUACAUUGUGUCCCAACUGCAAGUCUGGGAAGUUGAUUUCCCGGGUGGUGCUUCCAACGAUAAUGUCAAAUGGCGCACGUUCAUCUGGGCGUUAUCUGAGGCGAUGUUGCUUUUGGCCAUAGCUAUCAACUACCUCCCGCCAAAACUCUAUUCGGCGGUGUUUCGAUUCUCCACGGCUCUGAUGAUGGUGGAUUUCCUCCUUUGCGUCAUUUGGCUUCCCAUCGGUGUUUCCAAAACGUAUGGCUUCAGGGAUGCAAAAGAAGUGUUUACUAUGACCUAUAAUGGGACUGGAGCACCUGCUGGGUGGAAUUGGAUUUUGUCCUUCCUUUUCACUGCGGGAACCUUGACAGGAUUCGAUGCUUCUGGACACAUUGCAGAGGAAACCAGGAACGCGAGUGUCGUGGCAGCCAAAGGCAUUUUAACGAGCGCAGCGGCUACCAGUUUCUUUGGAUUCGCAACCACCAUCUUGUUCCUAUUCUGCACACCUGACUUGGACACACUGUUCGCCCUGAAUGCACCACAGCCGUUCGUCCAGAUAUAUGCUUUGGCCCUCGGUAAAGGUCCCAGUAUUUUUAUGACCAUAAUUGCGGUACUUGGUUUGAUUCUGAACACCAGUGUAGCCAUUGUGGCGGCGUCCAGACUCGUGUUUGCGGUCGCGCGAGACGGCGUUCUUCCCUUGUCGGGAUGGAUUGGAAAGGUGGAUGAUCAAGGGCAGCCAAAGAAUGCCGUUACUGUGAUGUUCAUUUUUGGGGCUGCCAUUCUGUGCACGAUUCUCCCUAGUCAAGUCGCAUUCACGUCGUUGGUGUCUGCGGGUGGCGUACCUACCAUUGCUGCCUACGGGUUAAUCGCACUCUUGCGGUUCACUAUGACUCCGAACCAUUUCCGAUCGUCGCACUUCCUCUUGGGAAGGUUUGCGAUGCCCUUUUAUGCGGCGGCGGCCCUGUUUAAUGGGUUAAUUUUUGCGGUCAUGAUCUCACCUUUCUACUUCCCGACUACUGCUGGGACUUUCAAUUUCGCUUGUGUAAUCUUUGGUGCCGUUACGAUCUUCGGUGUUCUCAGUUGGUACUUUACUCCGGAAGACAGGUGGCUUAGUAGGCAGCACGUCCUUCAGUCAAUGAAGGCUGCGGAUGGUACUUCGAGUACGGACAGUUAAGUUUCUCAAAUAUUUCAACUUUUGUUGUCGCCGUAUUGGCGUAUUUCUUUAAAUUCCAACCUAUCGAUACACAUACGUGGAUAUAUGUCUAUCUUUCCCCUGCAUGCGGACAUAUAGUAUUAAAUGCCUUUAUAACAGUCUUGUUGGCUAUGUUAGGACUUUGAAAUCCUUCCACGU